AUGGCUCUAGACGCGGUCAACGUGAGCCGAGUGGACGCUCCAGGAUGCGGAAACUUUACGGAUGUCAGCGCACUAAUUACGGACUGCAAUCAGACAUCCACGAACGCGUCUGGACUCCCCAAACCAGGCAGAGCGAAAGAGAUGGACUCCGUCCGUAUCUUUCUGUAUUCGCUUAUCUUCCUCAUUAGUGUGUUUGGAAACCUCCUCAUCAUCAUCGUUUUGGCUCUGAACAAAAGGAUGAGGACAGUGACUAACUCCUUCCUACUGUCACUGGCGGUUAGUGACCUGAUGAUGGCGCUGUUCUGCAUGCCCUUCACCCUCAUACCAAACAUACUGGAGGACUACAUAUUCGGAGAGGCCAUGUGCAAGAUCACUGCGUACUUUAUGGGUAUCUCGGUGAGCAUCUCCACCUUCAGCCUGGUUGCCAUAGCGAUUGAGCGGUACAGUGCGAUCUGUAACCCGCUGAAGUCGCGCUCCUGGCAGACGCGCUCUCAUGCUUAUCGGGUCAUCACUCUCACCUGGGUUCUGUCCCUCCUGCUCAUGGUGCCCUACCCUGUGUUCAGCGCCAUCAAGUGUUUCGACAAACCAGGAGGGGUCAAAGGUCACAUGUGCCGGCUCAUCUGGCCUAGCAGUCAGGCCGAACAGGCCUGGUACAUGAUCUUGCUCUUCCUUCUCUUCUUCAUCCCUGGUGUGGUGAUGAUGGUUGCCUACGGACUCAUCUCCAGAGAACUGUAUAAAGGAAUACAGUUUGAACUGAGCCAGAGUCAAGAGGCAACUGGCCAGCAGAAUGGUGCGACCCGCCCGAUGAUUUCCGACGAUGACGAUGGUUGCUACAUCCAGAAGAAGACCCCCUCCUCAGUCGAAAUGCCCACCCUCUCCGCUGCUAACGCAGCCAAAACCGAGCGAGCACGUAGCAACACUUCAGAGGCUAAGCUACAAGCUAAACGUCGUGUUGUUCGCAUGCUAAUGGUUAUCGUAGCACUAUUCUUCAUUUGUUGGAUGCCGCUGUACAUCGUCAACACUUGGAAAGCGUUUGACCCAAAAACUAUAAUGAAAGCUUUAUCCGGAGCACCCAUUUCAUUCAUUCAUUUGUUGUCCUAUACUUCGGCUUGUGUUAAUCCCGUUAUUUAUUGCUUUAUGAAUACGCGAUUCCGAAAAGCGCUUUUCUCAACCUGCUCCUGCCUCUGCAACAAUCGAAUCUGCAACCGUAAAAAGGAUCGUCACGACGACGGAUUCACUGCGAUGUCCACGGCAACCUCCAUGGCAACAUCAAUGUCCAAGUUUAGCUACACGACGGUUAGCUCAGUGGCUACAUGCUAA